CUACAGCUCAUAAGAGACCCGACUGAAAGCACCCACGGAUAAAAACAUCAACCAAGAUCUAAGCUCAAAGUGUCAGUCGAUCAACGCGUGGAAAAUGGGCAGUCAAAACUCCCUGGACAUCCCUUCUUCUUUGUCAACGGUACAAGUGUCGAUAAUCGACAUCACAUACGCCCCCUUCGUGCCAACAUGGCAAUCCAUGGGUCCUCGAAUCAAGGGCCUGGGGAAGCGGACUGCUCUCACGUAUUCAUUCCUCGUCCAUCAUACGGACGCCUUUGGUAGAGGGUGCAAUGUCAUCUUCGAUCUGGGAAUUUCCAAAGACAUGUUCGACUUCCCCUGCAUAUUAUGGAAGCUGGCAGAGAAAUGGGCGGCGAUAUGCGAGUUGACAAGUGUGUUGAGGAUAUCAUGAAAGAGCAUGGCGUGGCGCGCAACACCGUUGACGCGAUUAUCCGGAAUCACGCACACAUCGAUCACGUCGGACGACCCUCCCGUUUCCCCUCCCGUACUAAACCGGUUGUUGGACCCGGAAUCAAGGAAGCCUUCUACCCCGGUCGGCCCGCCGUGAAGGAAGCUCCUGUUGCGGCACGCGAGUUCCUCGUUCGGAAAGUGGAAGGACUUACGCCGUUGCAGUUCGACAUGGAGAUCGGAGGCCUCAAAGCGCUCGACUACUGCGGCGAUGGCAGUUUCUAUAUCCUCUCCCCGCCAGGACAUGCCCUCGGUCACCUGAACGCCCUGGCCCGCACCACCGAGGACACCUUCAUCUAUUUCGCAGGUUACAGCGUCGACCAGCCUUCGGUACUGCGGACCCAUUCACCCUCUGACCUUUCCGUAUAUGUGCACGUGCCGAGUCGCAGUUGCCCCGGGGCCGUGCUCCACGCAAGGGUAAAUCGCCCCAAGUCAGAACAUCCCAGCGAGGCGCCAUCGUUGGAGAAAGAGGCUGCUGCUCGCGAGACCCUUGCGGUCGUUCAGAGGUUCGAUGCGGAUGAUCGUUGUUUGUGGUGGUGGCCCACGAUACGAGUAUUCAUGGAAUACUGGAUCUAUUCCCCGAAAUGUCGAAUGACUGGAAAGCUAAAGAUCUGAAGAGGAAGGAUCGCUAUUCGUUCCUGGAGGAGCCGGAGCAGCAGGGACCUGAAGGCUCGGGAUCGGGAACAGCAUGAGCAUCGUGUGAUGCAUCUGGGACAACGUCUAUGCAUAGGAUUUUGGGCUGGAUGGACGUCGUAUAGGGCAUCUUAGCUGAAUACGACACUGAAAUGCCUAGUCAUUUUAACAUGUUCACUUCAAUUGGUUUUCAUCUUUCUCUCUCAAUGUAGC